AUGAGUAGCCGAUUGGCGACAAUACGAAGUAUUGGUAUUGCCCCAAAAAUUUUGGGUAGGUGUAUAAAACAGUUCAGUACGUCGUAUCUUUUGAAGAACGCCAAUGUGCUGAACAACCUCAAUAAGUCAUCGAACGCUUGGGAAAAUAUAUUCAAGCAGAUAAACCAAACGAAACCCCCAAAUACGAAUAUAACUAAUGACUUAGAACCGUUCGAUCAGUUAAAAGAAGUUGUAAAGAAGCCUUUAUGGCAGAUAUACUGGAAGCUAGUUAACCGAGAGUUCGAACCGCCAUUUUCUAAUAUGAACAAUCUUGAUAAUGAUAGGGUUAACAGCCUUAUUUGGACAUUUACAGAGAAAUUAAUGUUGCAGUUUGAAAUAUAUUUACAUAAUCCACUAAACUGCAGGCCAAUACCUGAUAUUAAGCUCGUUGACUAUAUUAAUCCGAAAAUCUGCAAUAUAACGCAGAUCAUAUAUCUGAUUAACAAUGACAUGAUGCCAUCUCAACUUCCACGAUUCUAUGGCUAUAAUACCAAGAUAGAGUGUUUAAAUAACAUAUUAUCGAAGUUGAUAUAUAAGGAAUAUGUCGAAUCAUCUUUAACGCAUAUUAAGCAACAAGACUCAUUAGUAGACCUUUCGAAUCCAGCGGAAUGGUUUCCAGAAGCGAGAAAGAUGAAGCGUAAAUUUAUUAUGCAUGUAGGACCAACUAAUAGCGGUAAAACAUAUAAUUCCUUGCGGAAGUUGGCUAAGGCAAAAUCAGGGUAUUAUGCUGGUCCAUUAAGAUUAUUAGCCAGAGAAAUCUAUGAGCGAUUUCAUGAUCAAGGCAUAAAGUGUAAUUUAAUAACCGGGGAAGAAGUUAUCCCAUCUAUUGACUCAUUCGGAAAAAUAAGUGAAAUUUCAUCUGGAACAAUAGAAAUGAUUCCAAGCCAUAAGAAAAUGGAUAUUUGUAUAAUUGAUGAAAUUCAAAUGAUCGCAGAUCCUAGAAGAGGUGAAGCUUGGACUAAUGCUGUAUUGGGUGUCCAGGCGAAGGAAAUUCAUAUGUGUGGUGAAGAAAGUGCUGUUCCGUUAAUAUUAAAGUUAGCUAAAAUCACAGGUGACGAAGUUGAAAUUAAUAAAUAUAAUAGAUUAGGAAAAUUGACUGUUUCUGAUAAGGAAGUUAGCAAUUUCAAAAAUCUUCAAAAAGGUGAUUGUGUUAUUGCAUUUUCUAAAAGGAAAAUUUUGGAAUUGAAAUGUGAGAUUGAAAGAUCAACUAACUUAAAGGUCGGGGUUAUUUAUGGGGCAUUACCACCGGAAAUCAGAUCUAAAGAAGCAAAUGGUUUCAAUAGUGGUCAAUACGACGUCUUAGUAGCCUCCGAUGCUGUUGGAAUGGGUCUUAAUUUGAAAAUUAAAAGAAUCGUCUUUUUUGCUACUAAAAAAUUUAAUGGCAAUGAAACUAUUCCACUUACUGCAUCUGAAACAAAGCAGAUAGCCGGAAGGGCUGGUAGGUUCAGUAAAGAUGAAGGAGAGCUGGAGGGAUUUGUUACCGCUAUGUAUAAAAAGGAUCUUAUCUUCUUAAAGAAGAUGAUGAAUGAACCGAUCCAAAAUUUAUCAAAGGCCUGUACUUGGCCAACAGACAAAGUUUGGACGUAUUAUAUGAGUAAAUUUCCAAAGUAUACUUCUUUUUAUGACAUUUUAGCACAAUUUGAGAAAGAAACAAGUAGCCUUGAAAUGGAAAACUUUUUCCUUACUGCCCUAGAUUCGAGAUAUGAGAUCUUAAAUUUAUUCUUAAGAAAUGAUUUGUACAAGAAAACCACUAUCGAAGAUCAAUUGAGGUUAAGUUUGGCCCCUGUUAAUAUCAAUAUGUCGUCACCAUUAGUGGUUGAUACAGCAUUCAAAUUUUUUCAGAACAUAACAAAGUGUGAGACCAAAAAUAUCUUUGAUUUCAACUUCUUGCAUACUGAAAUCUUAAAAAGACGUCCAAAAUUUACUGCGACCACUGAACUGACUGUGCAGACUUUACAGAGUCUUGAAGAAAAUCACAAAUUGGUCUUAAUAUUCUUAUGGCUAAGCCAAAGAUGGCCAACAUUGUUUGUUGAUAAAGAAAGUGCUACUGAAACCAAAACAUUAAUUGAAAAGCGUAUCAGCGAAGAACUACUUAAUCUCAGAAGAUUAAUUAAGCAUUCUCGUUCAGCUGGUGUUGAGCCAAGAAGAUCCAAUCCGAAGGGCUUUAAAUUUCGUGCUAACCAACAAAAAUGA